AUGCCGAGUGCUACUGACCGCAGCCACCCCAAAUCCCUCGUGCCCUACCUGACCGCAGCCGCCGCCCCCAAAUCUGACCGGCGCCAGCGUCCCCCACCACCGCAGCCCCGCCGCCGCCGGCGUCCCCCACCACCGCAGCUCCGCCACCGUCCCGAGCCACCCUCCCCCCCCCCGCCGCACCCAGCCACCCCAGCGCCGUUGGCCGCCCUAAAUCCUAGUACUGCCGGCGGCGGCCCCCACCACCACAGCCCCGCCGCCUCUUCCAGCCACCCCACCGCCGCCGACCGUCGUCCACCCAGACGGAGUCAGUCUUUGGCCCCAACAACCGCCCAGCAGCGCCGCAGCACCCCCACGGACCGAGGAGUUGAGCACCGAGCGGGACCGCUUCCUCUACGUCCUCUCCGAUCCUCCAAGCAGCGGGCGUCCCUCUUCUCCGGCGAGCAGCUCACUGCCACGUCAACAUCCUCUCCAUUUCCCCAAGCAGCGGAGCGUCCCUCUUCUUCGGCGAGCAGUUCUGCCACCUCAACAUCAACAUCCUCUCUGUGGACAGGGCUGCCUCCUGAACAUCCUCUGUCUGAGCAUUUGGAGCAUGCAGAUAAAGAUAUUUGUCCUACAUGCAAAACUUCUCGGUGGAAAUCUGAAAAGAACAACCUUGAUGGGAAACGUGUACACAAGGUCCCAAGGAAGGUUCUUCGUUAUUUUCCAAUAAAGAAGAGGCUACAACGCCUGUUCGUGUCCCCGAAGAGUGCAACAGAUUGCAAAUGGCAUGAUGAAGAACGCACAAGAGAUGGACUAAUAAGGCAUACAGCAGAUGCACCUGCUUGGAAGGACUUUGAUGCCAAAUAUCCUAAGUUUGCCGAAGAUAGUCGCAACAUUAGGCUGCUUAUAUGUGCUGAUGGUUUUAAUCCAUUUAGGACAAUGAAUUUAUCAUGUACUGUUUGGCCUGUUGUAGCAAUUUCGUUGAAUCUUCCUCCUUGGUUGUGCAUGAAGCAACAAAAUUUCAUCCUAUCUCUGCUAAUUCCUGGUCCAAAGUCACCUGGGAGAGAUAUAGAUGUGUUCCUUGAACCACUUAUUGAUGAUUUGAACUCGCUAUUUGAGGAGGGUGUUAGAACCUAUGAUGCCUCGACCGGUAAACCCUUCAACCUCCAUGCUGCUGUAUUAUCAACUACAUCUGACCUCCCAGGCUGAUGCACUCUAUCUGGUAUUGUAACCUCGGGUGAAUUUGGUUGUCCAUUGUGCGGCUCAGAGACUUGCUCUCUUCGGCUGAAGGAAGGCAAGAAAUUUUGCUAUAUGAAUCAUAGAAGGUUUCUUGAUCCAAACCAUGAAUACAGAUUUGAUGAGGACUCCUUUGAUGGUGGUGUGGAGUUAGGGGCAGCACCUGUACCACUUACCGGAGAGGAAGUUUUGGCCGUCACUGAAAAUAUGAAGACUGUUUUUGCAAAGAACCCUUCCGGGAAAACAACCACCAAGAAGCGCAAGGUUGGCGAACCACCAAUAGUUCGGAAAAGAAAAUCCAUAUGGUUUAGGUUGCGAUACUGGAAAGACUUGUUGCAGCCUCAUAAUCUUGAUGCAAUGCAUAUUGAAAAGAAUGUAUGUGAAAACAUAAUUAACACACUUUUAGGCAUGGAUAAGAAAUCAAAAGAUAAUUAUGCUUCUCGUAAAGAUCUAUAGCAUCUAGGAAUAAGGAAAGCUCUCCAACCUGUCCCAGCUGGUGAAGAAUUUGAUUUGCCUGCUGCACCCUAUGCAAUGGUCAAUGAAAAUAAGAAAUUGUUUUGCCAAGUUUUGAAGAGAGCUAGGUUCCCUGAUGGUUGUGCAUCUGAUAUACGCCGCAAUGGCCUUGUCAAGCAGAAGAUCACUGGGUUGAAGAGCCACGACAAUCAUAUUCUUUUGCAGCAAUUGCUUCCGCUAGCUGUUCGGAACACACUGCCAAAGGAAGUCGCCAUUGCAUUGGUUCGUGUCAGCAGAUUCUUCAAGCAAAUAUAUUCUCCUGUCAUUUCCAUAAGUGAUAUGGAGAAGCUAGAAGGAGAAAUAGCUGAGACCUUGUGCAUUCCUGAGACCAUAUUUUUGCCAUCAUUUUUUGAUCUUAUGGUUCACUUGAUGGUUCAUCUUCCAACCCAAGUGAGGCUAUGGGGCCCACUAAAGUACAGCAGCAUGUAUCCGGUAGAAAGUUCAUCCCUAAACCUAUUUUCUGGGUAUCAUAUGGUUUCUUUCCCAUCUCCAAAAUAAUCUGAUAUAUGUUAUGUAUAUACU